AUGGCAACCAACAACGCAACUUCGGCCGUCUCUCUUACCAGCGAUGAGCAGAUAUCCGAGCUGCGGGAAUACCAGGCAUUCUCCAACUACCCCCUCGAAGCCUCGAAUCUGUUCUUCCAACUCAUGAACACUUUUCAGACCUUCACGGAUGACGUGAUUUCCGCUCUCCAGCGCCGGGUCCCUGGAGUGACUGGACUAGGGUUAUCUGCCUUCAACCCUACACCACCACCCAUCCACCCCAACAAGCCUCCUGUGGCCACAUCAACGGAAAACCCUGUCUCGCCUCCUCCCAAGGCCGAUUCAACUGCCCUCAAUGCCGGGCCUGCCUUGUCUGCAACACCCAAGACUGCUCCCACGUCCUGGACUUUGACAUCGCGCCUCCCGCUCCCCUCCGCCGAAUCAUGA